CGCGGCGGCCGCGAGGGCUGGGCAGGGCCCGGGCGGGUCGCGGAGGCCCGUGCGCCCCACCCACCCCGCCCCGCGCGGCCCCGCUUGGGGCGCCCCGACCCGGGCGCGGGAGGAGGGGGCGUGGGGACGUGGCGCCCGGGCCGCCUUUCGGCCUCGAAGCUGCCGCCCCCGAGCGGGACCGAGGUCCCGUCUCCCAUUGAAAGGGACCCUCCCCGAGGGCGGCCCCUCCGCAGCCUCCCUGCCCCGGUGUCCGCCGGCCCGACCCCUCCCUGCGGGGCCGGUGCGGGCGCCCAGGGGUGCGACCUGGCCCGCCCCGCCCUCGGGGGCUCGCGGGGCGGCGGGAGCGGAUGCGCCCGGGGUGGGAGCCGAGGGCAUCGUCCUUCCAGUGACAGAAGCCACAGCCCAGGUUGUGGCUGCAAAACCUCCAGGUCGCACAGAGGCUGAGGGAUCCGGCAGCCGAGCGUGAGGACCAGACCCCAGCGAUGACCAGUUCCCCCGUCUCCAGAGUCGUCUACAACGGCAAGAGGAACAGUAGCCCCCGCUCCCCCCCCAACAGCAGCGAGAUCUUCACCCCGGCCCACGAGGAGAAUGUGCGCUUCAUUUACGAAGCCUGGCAGGGCGUGGAGCGGGACCUUCGGAGCCAGAUCUCGGGCAACGAGCGGGGCCUGGUGGAGGAGUAUGUGGAGAAGGUCCCUAACCCCAGCCUGAAGACCUUCAAGCCCAUCGACCUGAGCGACCUGAAGCGCCGCAGCACGCAGGAUGCCAAGAAGUCCUAAGGCCGCGGGGCCUGGCCUCUGGGGAUCCGCGCCGCCUGUGCGUCCGCCCUCCCCUGGGCCCAGCGCCCGGGAGGGGGAGGGGAGCCGGCUGCGCUCCCUGUGGGUGGCACAGCCCGGACCCAGACGGCGUGAUUGAAGGCCAGCCUGCCCCUCCUCCCCAGCCCCUCCUCUCCUCUGGGCGGUCUCAGCUGCCGUCCCUGGGAGGGUCGCCCUGCCAGCCCCGCACUCCCGGGCCUCCUCCGGCCUAGGUGUCUCUGGAGCUCCCUGGCCCUGCCUGCCCCAGGGUCUUGACCCUGACUCUUCUCUUCCUGUCUCCCCCACUGCCCCAGCCCCGACCCCGGCCACCUCCGGGAACAGGACAGACUGAGGGCCCUCUAGUCUCCUGGGCCUGGGGGACUCGUCCAGGUUUGACUCUGAGGUGGCCAGAAGGCAAGGCAAGGGCGGCCCCGCCCACACCCAGCCUGGGUCCCCAUGUUGCUGCUUCUCUGGCCUGGACACAUGGGAGCAAAUAACCCCGACCCCUGCACCCCCUCACUGCCCAGCCUGGCCCUUCCUCCAGGCCUGGGAUCCCCGGUGCCUCAUGGGGUUCUGGCCCUGGGGUGCGUGCCCUGUGGCCAUAGCAGCCCCCAGGCAGGGGCCAGGGCCCUGGGGUCCUGCCUGUGCCGUGCGGGGAGGGUCGCCAGGGCCCUUUGCCUGUGCUGAGCCCGGGCCGUGAAUAAAGGUGGCAGUGCUGGUGG